UAAUAAUAUACACAUACAUACACACACACACACACACAGGCGGCCAAAAGUUUGGAAUAAUGUACAGAUUUUGUUCUUAUGGAAAGAAAUUGUUACUUUUAUUCACCAAAGUGGCAUUCAGCUGAUCACAAUGUAUAGUCAGGACAUGAAUCAUGUGAAAAAUAACAAUUAGAAAAAAAAAUUCUUAAACUACUUAAAAGAGUUCUCAUCAAAAAAUCCUCCACUUGCAGCAAUGACAGCUUUGCAGAUUCUUGGCAUUCUAGCUGUCAGUUUGUCCAGAUACUCAGGUGACAUUUCACCCCACACUUCCUGUAGCACUUGCCAUAGAUGUGGCUGUCUUGUCCGGCACUUCUCACACACCUUACGGUCUAGCUGAUCCCACAAAAGCUCAAUGGGGUUAAGAUCCAUAACACUCUUUUCCAAUUAUCUGUUGUCUAAUGUCUGUGUUUCUUUGCCCACUCUAACCUUUUCUUUAGAGUGGCUUUUAUUUGCAAUUCUUCCCAUAAGACCUGCACCCCAGAGUCUUUACUGUUGUACAUGAAACUGGUGUUGAGUGGGUUGAAUUUAAUGAAGCUGUCAGCUGAGGACAUGUGAGGCAUCUAUUUCUCAAACUAGAGUCUCUGAUGUACUUAUCCUCUUGUUUAGUUGUACAUCUGGGCCUUCCACAUCUCUCUCUGUCCUUGUUAGAGCCAGUUGUCCUUUUGUCUUUGAAGACUGUAGUGUACACCUUUGUAUGAAAUCUUCAGUUUUUUGGCAAUUUCAAUCAUUGUAUAGCCUUCAUUCCUCAAAACAAUGAUUGACUUAAGUUUCUAGAGAAAGCUGUUUCUUUUUUUGACCUAAUAUUGACCUUAAGACAUGCCGGUCUAUUGCAUACUGUGGCAACUCAAAAACAAAGACAAUGUUAAGCUUCUUUUAAUGAACCAAAUAGCUUUCAACUGUGUUUGUAUAUAAUGGCAAGUGAUUUUCUAGUACCAAAUUAGCAAUUUAUCAUGAUUACUCAAGGAUAAGGCGUUGGAAUGAUGGCUGCUGGAAAUGGGGCUUGUCUAGAUUUGAUCAAAAAUGACUUUUUUCAAAUAGUGAUGAUGCUGUUUUUUACAUCAGUAAUGUCCUGACUAUACUUUGUGAUCAGUUGAAUGACACUUUUUGAAUUAAAGUACCAAUUUCCUUCCGAAACAGCAAAAUCUGUACAUUAUUCCAAACCUUUGGCCGCCAGUGUAUGUAUGUGUGUAAUAUAUAUAUAUAUACACACACACACACACACACACAUACAUACUCUUUCAACCAUUUCAUUAUAUAACUUAUAAUUUAAAAUAGGAGUGACAUACAAAUACAUUUCCAAAAGACCAAAUAAUAAUAAUAAUAAUAAUUUUCAAAGUUUAUAGAGGCCACGACCUACCGUACGAUCCACCAAUACCCAUUUUUCCUUUAUUAGACGUUUGAGUUAUGGCUCUACAAUAAUGCAAAAAUGACCCAUGUAUUAACUGUUUUAAUCGUUUAAAACGUGGAACUGCUUUUUUGAUAGACGAGUUAACAGCAACAAAGACAUAAGACAUUCGGCUACCUUGAUAGAUCUUCAAGAAGGCCAGAUCCACACGAAUCUGGGUUGGCUGACAUUAUGAAAUUACCCGGAUGGACCCGUGGGGAAACUACGUCAUUGUUCACCGCCGGGCGCUCUUUGGAUUUUAGAAUGGAUGAACACAUUUAAAUUAAUCAUAAAUUCGCAGAAAAUGAAUAAUGACCAUAGUUGACAAGCCUCCGGAAAAACCUGACCCAGAGUCAGUGCGGUGCAAGCACUCCAGCUCCCUGACACCUUUUUUCACCAGAGACAUGGAGAGUAGCAAUUCAGACUGGAGUGUUAGCCCUUCUGCCCCUGAGCUUUCAAGGGCCAAGACUGCCUGCAUGGCUCCAACCAUUGGAGUGACUGUGAACGGUAGUAAUGCUACAGCUCUCGACAGGCCCCGGGAGCAAGUGGUUAUGACCAGUGGAGAUGGCAUCGCUCUUCCUCAAAAGGUCCUCUUUCCCCCAGAGCGACUCUGCUUGAAAUGGAACCAGGGUCACCGCAUUGGAGCAGGCCUCCAGAACCUGGGCAAUACAUGUUUUCUAAAUUCUACCCUCCAGUGUCUGACAUAUACUGCUCCCCUUGCCAGCUACAUGCUUACUAGAGAGCAUUCCAAAACAUGUCAUGAGCCUGGAUUUUGCAUGAUGUGUACCAUGCAGAAUCACAUCACUCAGGUGUUCGCCAACUCUGGAAACGCCAUCAAGCCCAUUGGUGUGCUUAAUGAACUGAAACGCAUUGGAAAGCAUUUCAGAUUUGGAAGUCAAGAAGAUGCCCAUGAAUUUUUGAGGUACACAGUGGAUGCUAUGCAAAAGUCCUGCCUGCCUGGAAACAAACUGGACAGGCAAACGCAAGCAACCACUUUUGUACAUCAGAUAUUUGGAGGUUAUCUGAGAUCCAGAGUCAAAUGUUUGAAUUGCAAAGCAGUCUCUGACACAUUUGACCCUUAUCUGGACAUUUCACUGGAGAUUAAGACCGCUCAGACACUUACAAAGGCGUUUGAGCAAUUUGUUAAGCCUGAGCAACUUGAUGGCGAUAAUGCUUACAAAUGCUCUAAAUGUAAGAAAAUGGUUACCGCCUCAAAGAGAUUCACCAUACAUCGCAGUUCUAAUGUUCUCACUGUCUCACUAAAGCGGUUCGCCAACUUCAACGGAGGAAAAAUUACAAAGGAUGUAAGAUAUACCGAGUAUUUAGAUUUGCGCCCGUUCAUGUCCCAGUCUCAUGGGGAGCCGAAAAUCUAUACUCUGUAUGCUGUGCUGGUUCAUUCUGGCUUCAGUUGCCAUGCUGGGCACUACUACUGCUAUGUAAAGGCAAGCAACGGGCAGUGGUAUCAGAUGAACGAUUCAUCUGUAUCUCUCAGCGAUAUAAGAACAGUGCUUAAUCAGCAAGCAUACUUGCUGUUCUACAUCAGUUCACCUGAUUUGAAAAAUGGAAGUGACUUUUACCAGAUGAACCAUACUCCUGGCCAGUCAUCUCCACGACCAUCCAUUCCACUCAAGAUGAAUGGGCCUCAGUACACCUCGACAUCCUUCAUUGGCCCACAACUACCACCUCAUAUGAUGAAGAACUCGUCAUACAUCAACGGGAAUGGUUCUUCAAAAGAAUACCAUAGUGGCUCAAAGCCCAACAGAAGCUUUUGUGGUGUGACCAAAGCAGGCUCUGCCCUGUCCCAUCCAUCCUCUUCUGCAUCCUCAUCCUCUUCCACAUCUCUGUCCAACCAGCUUGUUCGACCCAUGGGCAUUCCUGACUCAUCCAAGAGGCCGAAGUUGACAUUUCUCAUUGGUCAGGGCAAGCCUGUGAGAUCUACUCAGAACCAGUCAAGCCCUAAUUGUUCUUCAUCUUCAGCCUUUCACUCUCAACCCACCUCCUCCAGCACCUCAACAAAUACCUCAGGUUUCCCACAGGCCAAGCAGCUCAAUGGAACUCCCAUCAAUCAUACUGCAGCUGCUUUCCUGGUUCCUUAUGGUCAGGAAUCUUCUGAGGAAUCUGACCAAGAGGCUGGAACCUUGGAAAAUGGAACUGCUAAACUUUAUCUUGCUCCCAAGAUGCAAUCCCACAUUUCCACUUCACUGCCUCCUCCUACCUCUAAAACAAACGGAUCAAAUGGCUUUCCAGAGCUGCAUGUGCGUGAAAAUGGAUCAGGAUCUCCCCAAAAAUCUCAGAAUGGCCAUACCAAAGCCAAUGGUUUUAAUCACACUGAUAAGGUUACAGGUGCACCACAUUUUUCAUCUCAAACUACUAAUCUGUCUAAUAGUUUGGACGUGGAGUUCAGCCUCAAGCCUGGAUUCAGUGAAUCAAGCAGCUCCAAACCACCAAGUACAGAUGGCCAACGUUCUUCACCCCCAAGCAAAAAGACAAACCAUCUUGCGGACUCUUUAGCCAAGUCUGCUACACAUGUACAGUCUGCACCUUCAUCUAAUGCCUCUUUGGUCGCUAAGACUACCGACAGUGACCUUCAUGUCCUUGCAGCCUCAAAGGUUGAGACGACUCAGUGCCAUGCCUCCCAUGCAGAGGUUGGCAAGUCAGACUUUCAAGCCAACCAUAGUCUGAGCCUCUAUGUAGGUGAUGGUCACACAAGUCCACAUAGGUUAAAGGAGACACUCUGGUGCAAUGAAGGGGAAGGCAAAGACUCAAAACCAUCACACACAUGCAAGUUUGACUCUGGGGAUGGAAGGAGACAAGCUGAGGACCGGAAUAGGCCUUUAGAACGACCACACUUUUCUUCUACCCUGAAGGACAGGGACCGGUACAGACACCAAAGGGAAAAUGGUGAAAGAAACAGGCACCGCUAUGGUAACAGUGGACACAGCCAUCGACUGGAAGGAGGGUGUCGUCCCGCCAGGGAGUGCUCCACUAGUAGAGAUCGUUAUCACCGAGAUCGUGAUGGUGAGCGACACUGGGACCGAUUCACGCAUCACCGUCGAGAGCACCACCACUCCCAAAGAAGGUCCAAAGAGGAACGUGAUUGGAGUAGAGAGUGGGAUAGGAGAUUUGCAAGUGGAUAUGACACUCAUCGUCCCUCUGGACACCAUAACAGGAAUGGCUUCUCCAACCACUGCCAUCGUGGGGUGGAAAAUGGGCGUGGAAGAGAACUUCAUACUGUUCAUGAGAAAAGCUCGAGAGGUAAAUCCUCAUUUCCAAUGUUGCCUGAACGUUACAAGAGGAAACGCAGCCUGUCGGUUGGCUCGAAAGAAAGCUCAGAUGAGUGCCGGGCCAAGAAACCCAAGAAGAAAAAGAAAAACAAAGAAAAACACAGACACUCUGAGAAGGACCCAUUAGAGUGGAGCUAUGAAAGCAUUUCGAAAAAACAUAAGAAGAAGAAGAAAAAGAAGAGGUGGGACGAGGAGAGGUCUGAGAGAGACUUCACUCAGAGGCGUGAAGAGCAUGAUUCUAGAGCUAGGAAUGGUACAGAGAGAGGAAGUCACCACCACAGCUAUGAGUCUCUUCAGAGUGUCAACCGAGAUCAUAUGGAGGACCAGCAAUUCAAUGGACAUAAAGCUAAUGGCCUGAGAAGUUACAGUGGAAGUGAACUUGACCUCUGUCAUACUGGGGUGGAGAAAGAUGUGAAAUACAAAGGCUGCGAACACGCUACCAGAAUCAACAGCACAAAAGCACUCUCAAAUAGAGAUAGAGACAUGGACAAUGUCAACCACAGGAUCCUUUCAGAUGCUGAAGCAGUCACAAAUCCUCACAAAAGGGAAAGUGAUUUUUCCCUUCCCAAGACUCUGAAAACCACCCAUGCAAGCAUGUGAAAGAUAACAAAAAAAACAAAAAAAAAAUCUACAGAUACAGAGACCUGACAUGGUGCUUAACAUUUAGAACAUACUGUGUUUUUACCACAAAAUACAUUUUAAAAUUGCAUUUUUUUUUUUAAAGCAAUGGAAUUUUUUAGUACACUGUACAGAAAUGAACUUUGAUCAUUUAAAGAAAUUGUAUAUAAAAUUAAUAUAUGCGACUUAAAAAAAAGCCUGGAGCUUAACAUCAGAAUUGCUGCUCAUACAUAGACUCAGGAUUUUCUCACUUGCGAAGAUGAGACAAGUUCUCCCUUUAAGGAUACAAACUUUGGAAUGAGAAGAACAUUUAUAUGCUGCAUUGGCGGAGAAAGACUGCUUGUCUCUUGGCUUCAAGUUAUGAUGUCACCAUUUUCACAUAUCGGUUGAGAGUACUGUCUCAAAAGGAGCAGACUUUGUUAUUGCUACUUGUGCACUUACAUCACAGUUAACCUGGACACACUUGAGGACAUAAGAUAUUUGCUUUGCUGUCUCUUGUACCCCUUUUUAGCAUCUCACUGUAUUAUUCUCUUUCUGAAAUUCCUCAAUCCAACCUUUUUAGAAUGCAAGUUCAUUGCAUCUUCUGUUAUGUUUUCUUGAAUCCACUUUGAUUUUAGUCAAGAUAAUACUGUGAAUUUAAGUUGAACUGUACUAUCAGUUGGUUGUUUUUUGGUCCUGUAUCAGGAGUUCAAUAGACACUUUCUGUAAAGCCACCCAUAGACCAUGUUUUCUGGACAUGCGUUAACUUUUUUUUUACCCCAGUAAAAAAACUAAAAUACAUGGUUAUAAAUGGUUAUAUUCAACUUAUUCAUUUUAGUGUAGCAUGUCAAUGUAUACAGUGUAUAUAAUAUGUUGAGUGAGAGGAAACGGCCUUAAUGUCUGAAAUUGUACUGUUUUCUCUCACUUUGUUUACAACAUUUGUUGGAAUGAAUGAACAUGUAUGUGAUAAUGGGAAGUGUUUGGUUUUGUAAAGGGUGGGGUUUCCUUUUUACAUCUAUAGAAUGACUUGUGAGAUUUCUGUUUUGUGUGAAAAAUGUUAUCCAGUUAUUUGAGAUUAAGGUACGAAAAAAUCAUGGAAGGUUAUGUUGCUGAAACAGCCAACUGUUUUAGAUUUUGGUGAUGAUUAGCCAUCUAUUUUUAUAUCCAUGAAAGACGUUAAAACCCUUGAUCGAAAAUGGAGAGUCAAAACGCAGUGUAAUGAACACUGUAGCUCGACUAUGAAGAAACCUGCAAUAGCUCGAUUAUAACCGCCCAUGUCAAUGUCCAACCUGACGGUAAGAAGUCAGUGGUUAACAGUGGACAAUGUUGCAAGAACCAGAAUGAUAGUACUGAUUUAUGGGAGGAUGCUCUGCUUGACUUGAGCACUUCAGUUACAGCAACGAGAGCACUUUUAUUCGAGUCACCAGAUUUAAAAGUGACAUAGGUUGAAAGGGGUUGAUAAAUGAUGCAAGUAUUUGACCAUAUGUAUCUCAAGGGCCUUGGAGACAAAAGGAAGGUCGGUUUGAAUUAGGUUCAUAGUUAGACAAUUGGGUCUGGUCAAACUCAGGAGGCCUGAUCAAAGACCUCAAACGCUCUCCCGAGUGGCCUGAUUGGGAGAAACUUGAGCAAGCUUCAUGUACUUCAAUACAGUUCUGCCCCAGUACAUCACUCUGGACCUGGGAAGUUUACACUGGCUACCCGUUAAAUCACAGAGCUAAUUAUGAGACCAUGUCUCCUGCUCUAAGGUCCCCUCAAAACAGUCCUCCAUGUACGCAGAUCAAGAUGCUUCACCAUGGAAGAUUUCACUUUUUCAUUUUUUUUUUUUUACCAGCAUUGUUCUUUUAUAAAAUAUAAUAAUAAACAAAAUUAAGGAGUUCUGAUA